AUGUCUGCCAGACCCCAAAGGCCAGCUUAUUUCUCCAAUGGGGAGGCUCUCCAGAGCCCCCCAUUCACCGUGCGGCUCACCCGCUUCAUCGAGAGCGUUUACUUCUUCUUGGGCUUGUACUUCACUACCCUCUUAUCGCUCGACUCCUACGCUGCCGCCGAGAACUCUUCUUUCAACAUCAACAACCAGAAUAACAAGUAUACUACUCGCCCUCGCUGGGGAGGCAGCACCUCUCGUGGAGGAGGUGGUGGUGGUGGAGGUGGCGGCGGUGGUCCGGGACCUGGUCCGCGUCGCGUGGGACGUGUGGAUGAUGUUCGUGGGCCGGACAUGAGUGCCAUCCCAACAACAGACGCCGAAUGGGCGGAAAAGUUAGCCCACAUGAAGCAGAAGCUGCCCAAGCACUCACUGUCCCAAGCGCCAAUUCCAACACAAAUCCACCGCACAAUAGACCAUACCCUCCUAACGACCCCAGUCGACCCCUGGCAGAUUGACAAGCUGUGUAAAGAAGCCCUUGAAUACGACUUCGCCGCCGUAUGCGUGCGACUGGAGCACGUCACCCGCGCUGCAAGCCACGUCAAAGGCAGCAACACGGCGCUCGCAUGUGUGGUUGGUUUCCCCGAGGGCACGCACCCGACAGCUGAGAAAGUGCGCGAGGCCAAAGAGGCUGUUGUGCAGGGCGCUACAGAACUAGACAUGGUGAUCCGGUACCACCUGCUGAAAGAGGGUCGGUAUACGGAGGUGUACGAGGACGUUCUCGCGGUGCGCAAUGCCGCCCCGGCGCCAAUUAUCCUCAAGACGAUUCUGGAGGCGUCUGUGCUCGAGGAGGCGCAGAUUCUCGAUGCGACGAUUGUGUGCUGCUUGGCUGGCGCGGACUACGUCAAGACUAGCACGGGAUGGAAUGGCGGUGCGAGUGUUGAGCAGGUUAAGCUUAUGCGCUUGGCAGCGGAUAUGUGUGGAUGCUCUUGCUUGAUCAAGGCUAGUGGCGGUAUACGCACUGCUGAGGCUCUGUUGCGCAUGCUUAAGGCUGGAGCGUUCCGCAUUGGAACCAGUGCUGGAAUUAGUAUUAUGGAAGAGAUUGAUAAGGGGGAGAUUCUUGAACAGGGAUGUGGUCAUGCGGUGGCUUGA